GAGUCCUGGAGUCAGUUGAGGCUGGUUCAUCCCUCUCGCUUUCUUCGGUCACACCAUGAACUCACCGCUCAUGUUUGGUAAGUCCAUUCGCUUCUCCUCCCUUCCAACUUCUCAAAACCCUAAAUUUCCAACCCACGAUUCUUCCAAAAUUCUGUUUCCUUUUCGUUUGAUCGAGUCAACCAAGCAAAAUAGCUUCAGGAUCGUUUCUUCUGCCACUUCUCUGAGGCUUCGACUUCGGUAUGACUCUGUUGAGCGCGGACUGCGAGCUAGGGUUUCUUCGGAUGGCCGUGAUUCCUUUACCGGCGGUGAGUUGCAGGAGGAAAAGGAACUGCAGGCGCCGAGUUUCGUUGAGUUCAUCACUUCCGAGAGGGUCAAAGUGGUAGCGAUGCUUGCUCUUGCUUUGGCUCUCUGUAAUGCCGAUCGAGUUGUCAUGUCUGUGGCGAUCGUGCCUUUGUCGCUUUCGCACGGAUGGAGCCGAUCGUUUGGCGGCGUUGUUCAGUCAUCUUUCCUAUGGGGAUACUUGAUUUCGCCAAUAGCUGGAGGGGCUCUAGUGGACUAUUAUGGUGGAAAGGUAGUCAUGGCAUGGGGUGUGGCUCUAUGGUCACUAGCUACCUUUCUCACUCCAUGGGCUGCAGAAACCUCAAUUUGGGCUCUACUCACUAUGCGGGCUUUGCUUGGAGUUGCUGAAGGGGUGGCUCUUCCUUGCAUGAACAACAUGGUAGCAAGAUGGUUUCCUCAAACAGAACGAUCCAGGGCUGUUGGAAUUGCAAUGGCUGGAUUUCAGCUUGGCAGUGCAAUUGGGCUUACACUUGCUCCAAUCCUCAUGUCACAGGGUGGUAUAUUUGGACCAUUUGUAAUAUUUGGAUUGUCUGGUUUUCUGUGGGUUUUGGUAUGGAUAUCUGCUACGUCUAGUACUCCUAAUCAAAACCCUCAAAUAUCAAAAUCUGAGUUGGAUUACAUACUCAACAAUGGACAGAAGUCCUUCAGGGUGGAGAAUCAAGCUAAGAGGACCAAAGUGAUCCCUCCCUUCAGACGCUUGCUUUCUAAACCACCAACAUGGUCCCUAAUUGUUGCAAAUGCCAUGCACAGCUGGGGAUUCUUUGUUAUUCUUUCAUGGAUGCCCAUUUACUUUAACACGAUACAUCGUGUUGACCUCACACAAGCAGCCUGGUUCAGUGCUGUUCCAUGGAGUAUGAUGGCAAUUGUAGGAUACUUUGGUGGCGCUUGGUCAGAUAUUUUGAUACAGAGGGGCUUAAGUGUCACUAUGACUCGCAAAAUCAUGCAGUCAAUUGGAUUCGUUGGUCCUGGAAUUGCUCUUAUUGGUCUAACUGCAGCAAAAAGCCCAUUAAUUGCAUCUGCUUGGCUUACUCUAGCCGUUGGGCUUAAAUCAUUCAGUCACUCUGGUUUUCUUGUGAACCUUCAGGAGAUUGCACCACAGUAUGCUGGUGUUCUACAUGGAUUGUCAAAUACGGCUGGAACAUUUGCUGCCAUUGUAGGAACAAUUGGAGCUGGUUUCUUUGUUGAACUUGUGGGUUCUUUCCAAGGAUUUCUGUUACUCACAUCAUUCCUGUAUAUUCUUUCUGCUAUUUUCUUUGACAUCUUUGCUACUGGAGAAAGAGUCAAUUUUGAUUGAAUUGAAAGAAUCAAUUUUGAUCGAACUGUUCCCUGAACAAGAUUCCAAGGUUGUGUGCUACAUACCGCCAGUUGAUGAUGGAUUAUAGGCACUCAACCGUUCUGAUUAAUGCAGUCUGGUUGAAGAGCUGAAACUAAUUUUGGGUAUUUAGAGCUUCCAUCCCCAAUACAAUAAGGAUUGCCCUUCUUUUUUCCUCCCUUUGUGGAAAGCACAAAAGUGUUCAUGUGUUUUGGUGCUUCACAGUUUUUGACUCAAACCCAACAUGCAAGAUCUUGUUAAGUUUUAGUAAGGGUCUGCUUCUUAUCCUGGAACCAGCUCUAUUCUUAUGAAGAUGCUUGGCAGUGGUACAUGACAA